CAUGUCCCUCUCUUCCUGUGCAGGGCCUACACGGCUGAUAUCCAGACUGAACCUGAUCUGGUGGACUAUGAUGAGGACCUGGAGAACUACCCUCACACAUACUCUGAUCCCUUCAACCCCUACAAAGAGAGUAAAAUCAGUGCGGUGGACAUCACGGUGGAGGCUGUGGAUGAGAACAGAGUCAUGGUCAACAUCACAGAUCCUCUGACCGGGAUUCACAGGCGUGGGAAGCAGCUCAGCCUCAGAGACGUCCUCAAAAAUGACCUCAAGUAUAAGAUCAGCUACCACAAGCCUGGAAGUACAGGCAAGAGAGACAUCAUAUCUGACUCGAGUAUGGCCGAGGUGUCGAAGCUGGAUGCAGGAGAGAGUUACUGCUUCAUGGCCGCAGCGUUCAUCCCCUCCAGACCCAAAGGCAGCCAGCUGGGGGCGUGGAGCCAGCAGCUGUGCACACCUCAAGUGUAUAGCAUCCUGCAUGAGCUGUACCUGGGCACUUGGGUCGGUAUAAUCUUCAUCCUGCUCACAGUCUUCUUCAUCAUCGUCACGGCGACCGUCCUCUGCUGCAGAUGCUGCCAACAGAGAAACUCAACUCAGUCAUCCACACCUGUUUAGUGUGUGUGUGUGUGUGUGUGUGUGUGUGUGUGUGUGUGUGUGUGUGUGUGUGUGUGUGUGUGUGUGUGUGUGUGUGUGUUUCUGUGUGUGUCUCUAUGAGUGGAUGUGUGUCUUUAGGGAGCUGGACUCUCUCCUUUUCUCUUUGUUCACAUUGUAUUUGUCAUUAUUUUCUUAUUGUAUGUUCACAUUAGCGUUAAUGUUUGUUGUGCUGCUUGUUCUAACACCUCUAUGUCUUUAAUAUCUGAAUUUUAAACCUGUUCACAUUUUUCAACUGUUGAAAUAAGCACUCAAAUAUUUUACUUUAGUAAAAGUAGUGUAGUCUAUUUUUUUAAUAGGAGAAGUCCUUCAUUCAAAAAUCGACUAAAAGUACAAAAGCAUUAGCAUCAAAAUAUGAUGAAAGUAUCAAAACUAAAAGUACUUAUCAUGAAGAAUGAUCUAUUCUCAGAAUAACAUAUUAUAUAUAUUUAUACAUUAUUGGUUACACAUCCAUAUGUGCAUUAUUUGAUUAGUUGAUUUAUAUUUGUAUUACUGACAUAAGCCUGCAUAAUAACUACAGUAAAUAAACUGAAUGUAAAGGAACAAAAAGUACAAUAAUUGGCUCAAAACUUUAGUGUAGUAGAAAAGCAUGUACGGCAUAGUAUAAAGCAUCAUAAAAA